GCGGCCUGGGAGGAGGGCUGGGCACCGGCGCGGGGUCUGAACCGGUAGAUCGGGAGGAGGUGGCGUGUGGGAGUCGGGACGCGCAGUCGUCGCCAUGCCGUUCCUGCACGGUUUCCGCAGGAUCAUCUUCGAGUACCAGCCCCUGGUGGACGCCAUCCUGGGCGCCUUGGGCAUCCAAGACCUGGAGCGGCAGGAGCCCCUGGACGAUCACGCUGCCGCUGAGGAAAGCCGCAUCCUGGGCCUCACCGAGCUGCUGGAGCAGAAGGCCCACUCUCCGUUCUACCAGGAAGGUGUGAGCAACGCUUUGCUGAAGAUGGCUGAGCUGGGGCUGACUCGGGCAGCUGCUGUCCUUCUGCAGAGUGGGGCCAACCUCAAUUUUGAAGACCCCGUUACCUAUUAUACAGCCCUGCAUAUCGCUGUCCUGAGAAACCAGCCUGACAUGGUGGAAUUGCUGGUGCGCCAUGGGGCUGACAUCAACCGGAGGGACCGGAUUCAUGAGAGCAGCCCCUUAGAUCUGGCCAGCGAGGAACCCGAACGCCUGCCCUGCCUGCAGCGCCUCUUGGAUCUUGGAGCAGAUGUUAAUGCAGCUGACAAGAACGGGAAGACAGCGCUGCUGCAUGCUCUGGCCAGUAGCGAUGGAGUGCAGAUCCACAACACAGACAACAUCCGGCUCCUCCUGGAGGGAGGGGCAGACGUCAAGGCCACCACCAAAGAUGGGGACACUGUUUUCACGUGCAUCAUCUUCCUGCUUGGUGAGACUGUCUGCGGGGACAAGGAGGAGGCCCCGAUGAUCAACCGCUUCUGCUUCCAAGUUACACAGCUUCUGCUGGCCCAUGGGGCCGACCCCAGUGAGUGUCCAGCCCACGAGUCCCUCACACACAUCUGCCUCAAGAGCUUCAAGCUGCACUUCCCCCUUCUGCGCUUCCUGCUGGAGUCUGGGGCCGCCUACAACUGCUCCCUGCAUGGUGCAUCCUGUUGGUCUGGCUUCAGCCUCAUUUUUGAGAGGCUGUGUUCCCACCCGGGCUGUGCUGAGGAUGACAGCCAUGUUGAGCUUCUGCAUAAGGCUGAGACCGUGCUGGACCUCAUGGUGACUAGCUCCCAAAGGCUUCAGCUGCCUGAGAACUUCAACAUCCACCCAGUGGGUAGCUUGGCAGGGAAGAUCCAGGCCCUGCAUGCCUCCCUGCGGCAGCUGGAGAGCUACCCACCACCCCUCAAACACCUGUGCCGUGUGGCCAUUCGGCUGUGCCUGCGCCCGUGGCCCGUGGACACCAAGGUCAAAGCCCUGCCCCUGCCUGACAGGCUCAAGUGGUACCUGCUCAGUGCGCACAGCGGCACAGAAGACAGCUGCUGAUGGAUCCUGGGACAGAAUGGCCUGGGUUGGCUGAAGCCAAGCUGAGGGUAGACCUGGUACUGUUGGGCAAGCUUUGCCCUUUACUGAUACAAAACCACUAGGUUAGUGCCCUGGAGGCCAAGGGCAUGGCUGCCUCCAGGGAGACAACUCGCCUCCUCCCUCAGCACUCGCAAGUCCACCACAAUGGAGGAGCUGGUGUGGAACGGGACACAGCUGCCCCCAAUCAGGAGCUGAUAGGCCAUUUGCAGAAGCAGGGAAGCAGAGGCCAGGCCCCUCAGAGCCUUGGCAGCUGAUUGAUCCUGGGGGAGGCAUAUGCCUGGGUCUCAGGGACCAGCACCAAAACCCUGGGCCAUCCAGUAUAGCCAUACUCUUUGGGCCACAGGCUUUGAAGGGCAAGAGGGGGCACUGAGGCCACUACAGUGGUGGUGGGCUUCUGCUUAGGGCCCUGCCCGAGCCUUUAGUGCUUAGGCACUGUGGUCGGUGGCAGCUCUGCUCAUGCCACAUCCACAUCUCGGGGGCUGUGUCAUGAGCACAAUGGAACUGUCUGUUUCAAGGCCUGGCUUGUAAGGGGCUCUCAGAGCAUGUCGCUGAGCCCUUGCAAGACCUCAAGUCAGCUUGGCCUUGCGAGUGAGCAGAGAUGACGAAAUAUAUUUAUAAGA